AUGUCGAACCAAAGCUCCGAUCCGCCUGCGCGGAAAGCCAACGACAUCAUUGCUCGCGGUGUCAAGAAGCCAAACCUAGCCGGCACGGCAACUCUGAUCGGCCUGCGCGCUCUCGACCCUCUUCUCCAGUAUGAGAUCCUGGCGAAGGGACUUGGGAGCAGCCUGCUCGCUAAACUGGGCCUGUCAACCGUCCCACUAGGCACUGCUCUUGUCGUCAAGACGGGCAUCGCCGCCAUCGACAACCUCGGCCUUCCGCUGCCGAGCCUGAUUCUGCUGGGCAUGUCCGUCGGGUCUGCCGUCAAGCAGAUCUUCUGGCUGACAUACAUCUCGAAAGAGGAUUUCCCGCCCUCGUCGGCCGUCUUCGUGUCGGCCUACAACUCCGUCGCAAACAGCAUCUGCUCUCUGCUAUUCGUCGCCGCUGCAACAUCUGCCUCGCUCUCUACCUCUCUCAGCGUUCCACUGCUGGGCACAUCCACCCGUCUUCCAUUGCCUGUCGCUGUCGGCACGGCCCUGUAUUUAGUGGGCAUGAUCCUAGAGGCCGGCUCCGAGGUCCAGCGGAAGUGGUUCAAGGACAAGCCCGAAAAUGCAGGCAAGAUUUGCACCGAGGGACUCUGGAGCUGGGCGCGCCAUAUCAACUAUGGCGGAUACACCCUCUGGCGUGCUGGGUAUGCAUUGGCCUCUGGAAGCUGGAUAGCGGGCUUGGCUGUGGGAGCAGUGCAGGCCCUCCACUUUGUCAGGAUUGGAAUGGGCAAUCUGGACUACUACAUGUCCAACCAUUAUGGACAGCAGUGGGCCAGAUACAAGCAGAACGUGCGAUGGUCGUUGAUCCCCGGCAUUUACUGA